AUGGAAGUCAUCGAUCCGACCACUGGCCAAUCAUUGCCACCGGACUCUAUUCAGAGGGUCCUACACAUCUCACCCUCGGUACUUAUCUACAAUAUUCCACCCCUCUCCUCUAGCAAAGGUUACAUCGCUGCAUCCUGGACAGCAGACAAGAAGCGACAUAUCUUCACAGCCCGUCUACGAAUCAUCGAAACAGCUGUUGCUCUAUCUUCAGCUCCUUCAGACGAAAAGCUGAGAGUCGAUAUUAUCCUUGAAGAUCCCAAUAGUGGACAGCUGUUUGCUGCAGCUCCUUAUUUUCAGCCAGAAGUGGUACUUCAAGCACUUGAUUCGAGUCGUUUCUUCGCUGUUCGUGUCCAAGGCGAGGGCGGACGAAAAGCUGUUUUAGGAAUUGGGUUUGAGGAGCGCACUGAAGCUUUUGAUUUUAGCGUUGCGCUUCAAGGGGUCAGAAAGACAUUAGCAUUCGGAGAAACAGAUAAACUGAGUGGUCAGAGCAAAGCGCCAGAAGAAAAAAAGGAAGAGCGACAAGAUUUUAGAUUGAAAGAGGGAGAAAUGGUAGUAGUUGAUUUAGGAAACAGAAAUAGGCGAAAGCUAGAUCCGACGAAGAAAGGGAAUGAAUUUUCUAGCUUAUCCCCUUCAACUGAUGGGCUAUUACCGCCACCACCAAGUGCUGGAGAUAUCAAGAAAAUGAAUCGAAGCAACGUUGAACCGCAGCAGCCAGAUCUAACAGCGCAGAGUGCAGAAGAAAUGGGGUUUGAUAAUGGGGAGUUUGGAGAGUUCCAAUAA